UUCAUCUGUCACUCAUUAGCAUUCCACACAUGUUAAGUACACUUAGAAAAAUAAGUCCCAUGUAGAGAAGAAAGAGGCACCAUUCAGCCAUUCAUUUCUCUCCGGUGCAGCCGGCCAGCUGGAGCUCACAGACAAGUUUAGCUCCAGCCAAGCUCUCGCUCACACGUCUCUCUCUCUCUCCAUAGUCCCAGGAAUAAAAAUCUCAUCAUGAUCAAAAAUAUGGAAAUGGCUGAUUAAAUGCAGACGCUUUGGGACGGCCGCUCUCUAAAGUUCCUGUUAUCUGCCCUUUGAUGUAAUGUGCCAAGAGCUGGAUCCUGUACCGGGACCUGGAACCUGUGACUUGUAAAUUCUUCCAAGUCGGAGAAAAGAGAGCUCAAAAUGUGGCGCUGGUGGAUGUUCAGCACAGUGUUGAAACUAUGGAUGGCAGUAUCCAUUAGCCUGUGCCAAAGUGGAGAUGAUGCACUAGCAGAUUUGGGGUCGGGGUAUAUUAUAGACACUCUACAUGAUCAGCCUACAGAGCCUAAAAGCCAACCUAGAAGCCAUCCUCAAGACACAACCCACUGCCAACUUACUUUUACGGUCCCUCCUCAAGACCGAUAUGUGAUGAAAGAGACACCUUCAGUUGUAAAGGAGGAGGCCACCCAUCUACAGAACCUACUUCAGGACACCAACAGGGUGUUACAGAGCCUGCAGUACACCGUUAAUGCUGAUGCCCAGGAUCUUGGCUACCAAGAGGUAAUUGCUGAACACAACAAAGGAAUUCGAGAGGACAACAAAGAAUUCUAUGGCACUUUAAGCAAAAUAAUGCAGGAGUUUCAUACGCACAUGGAGGAUGAUGCAGCUGAUGUUCCAGAUGAGAGAAAAAUGCUGAAAAGGAACUUCCAGAUGAUGGAUAAUCUGCUUCACACAACAACUCUCAUAGCCGAAAAGCUUGACAGAAAGGCCGGAGAUCUUGAUGCUGCUUUCGAGAAGCAGAUGGCAAGAUGCACAACUUUAGCUUAUCAAACUACCAUGGGAUCCUGACCGCAUGAUGGCGUCAAUUUCACGGCAACUUUCUCAAUGUCACUAAUAAAAUCAGUUCACCAACGAUCUUUUUUUGUUUCUCUGUCUUAGAAUUUAAUUUCUGGAAAAAUGUAUGGGAAAUUGAAUAAAUUGUACAACAAA